AUGGCAAGAACAAGGCCUAACAAGAACAAUUUAAAGAACAAGGGCCUCCCCAUUCUCCCGCUUUCCAUCACCCCGCUCGAAUCUCCCGCUUUCCAUCACCCUGCCCCAUUCUCACGCUGUCCAUCACCUCGCCCCCUUCUCCCUCCUUCCAUCACCCCGCCCCAUUCUCCCGCUUUCCAUCACCCCGCCCCAUUCUCCCGCUUUCCAUCACCUCGCCCCAUUCUUCCGCUUUCCAUCACCCCUCCCCGUUCUCCCACUUUCCAUCACCCCGCCCCAUUCUCCAACUUUCCAUCAUCCCGCCCCAUUCUCCCGCUUUCCAUCACCCCGCCCCAUUCUCCCGCUUUCCAUCACCCCGCCCCAUUCUCCCGCUUUCCAUCACCCCGUCCCAUUCUCCCGCUUUCCAUCACCCCAACCCACUCUCCCUCCUUCCAUCACCCCGCCCCAUUCUCCCUCCUUCCAUCACCUCGCCCCAUUCUCUUGCUUUCCAUCACCCCGCCCCAUUCUCCCGCCUUCCAUCACCCCGCCCCGUUCUCCCUCAUUCCAUCACCCCGCCCCAGUCUCCCUCCCUCCAUCACCCUCCCCCAUUCCCCCGCUUUCCAUCACCUCGCCCCAUUCUCCAUAUUCCAUCACCCCGCCCCAUUCUCCGACUUUUUAUCACCCCGUCCCAUUCUCCCGCUUUCCGUCACCCCGUCCCAUUCUCCCGCUUUCCAUCACCCCGCCCCAUUCUCCCACCUUCCAUCACGCCGCCCCAUUCUCCCGCUUUCCAUCACCUCGCCCAAUUCUCCCGCUUUCCAUCACCCCUCCUUAUUCUCCCGCUUUCCAUCACCCCGCCCCAUUCUCCCGCCUUCCGUCACCCCGCCCCAUUCUCCUGCUUUCCAUCACCCAGGCCCAUUCUUCCUCCUUCCAUCGUCCGGCCCCAUUCUCCCUCCUUCCAUCACCCCGCCCCAUACUCCCUCCUUCCAUCACCCUGCCCCAUUCUCCCGCUUUCCAUCACUCUGCCCCAUUGUCCUACUUUCCAUCACCCUGUGCCAUUCUUCCGCUUUCUAUCACUUAGCACCAUUCUCCCGCUUUCCAUCACCCUGCCCAAUUCUCCCACUUUCCAUCAUCUCGCCCCAUUCUCCCGCUUUCCAUCACCCCGCCCCAUUCUCCGGCUUUCCAUCACCCUGCCCCAUUCUCCGGCUUUCCUUCACCCCAGCCCAUUCUCCCGCUCUCCAUCACCCCGCCCCAUUCUCCCGCUUUCCAUCACCCCGCCCCAUUCCCCCGCUUUCCAUCACCCCGCCCCAUUCUCCCGCUUUCCAUCACCCCGCCCCAGUCUCCCGCUUUCCAUCACCCUGCCCCAUUCUCCCGCUUUCCAUCACCCCGACCCAUUUUCCUGCUUUUCAUCACCCCAGCCCAUUCUCCCGCUUUGAAUCACCCCUCCCCAUUCUCCUGCUUUCCUUCACCCCGCCCCAUUCUCCCGCUUUCCAUCACCCCACCCAGUCUCCCUCCUUCCAUCACCCCGCCCCAUUCUCCCGUUUUCCAUCACCCCGCCCCAUUCUCCCGCUUUCCAGCACCCCACCCCAUUCUCCCGCUUUCCAUGACCCCACCCCAUUCUCUUUCCUUCCAUCACCCCGCCCCAUUGUCCCUCCUUCCAUCACCCCGCCCCAUUCUCCCGUUUUCCAUCACCUCGUCCCAUACUCCCUCAUUCCAUCACCCCGCCCCAUUCUCCUGCUUUCCAUUAACCCGCCCCAUUAUCCCUCCUUCCAUCACCCCGCCCCAUUCUCCCACCUUCCAUCACGCCGCCCCAUUCUCCCGCUUUCCAUCACCCCGCCCAAUUCUCCCGCUUUCCAUCACCCCUCCUUAUUCUCCCGCUUUCCAUCACCCCGCCCCAUUCUCCCUCCUUCCAUCAACCCGCCUCAUGCUCCCACUUUCCAUCACCCCGCCCCAUUCUCCAGCUUUCCAUUACCCCGCCCCAUUCUCUCGCUUUCCAUCACCCCGCCCCAUUCUCCCGCUUUCCAUCACCCCGCCCCAUUCUCCCGCUUUCCAUCACCCCGUCCCAUUCUCCCGCUUUCCAUCACCCCAACCCACUCUCCCUCCUUCCAUCACCCCGCCCCAUUCUCCCUCCUUCCAUCACCUCGCCCCAUUCUCUUGCUUUCCAUCACCCCGCCCCAUUCUCCCGCCUUCCAUCACCCCGCCCCGUUCUCCCUCAUUCCAUCACCCCGCCCCAGUCUCCCUCCCUCCAUCACCCUCCCCCAUUCCCCCGCUUUCCAUCACCUCGCCCCAUUCUCCAUAUUCCAUCACCCCGCCCCAUUCUCCGACUUUUUAUCACCCCGACCCAUUCUCCCGCUUUCCGUCACCCCGUCCCAUUCUCCCGCUUUCCAUCACCCCGCCCCAUUCUCCCACCUUCCAUCACGCCGCCCCAUUCUCCCGCUUUCCAUCACCUCGCCCAAUUCUCCCGCUUUCCAUCACCCCUCCUUAUUCUCCCGCUUUCCAUCACCCCGCCCCAUUCUCCCGCCUUCUGUCACCCCGCCCCAUUCUCCUGCUUUCCAUCACCCAGGCCCAUUCUUCCUCCUUCCAUCGUCCGGCCCCAUUCUCCCUCCUUCCAUCACCCCGCCCCAUACUCCCUCCUUCCAUCACCCUGCCCCAUUCUCCCGCUUUCCAUCACUCUGCCCCAUUGUCCUGCUUUCCAUCACCCUGUGCCAUUCUUCCGCUUUCCAUCACUUAGCACCAUUCUCCCGCUUUCCAUCACCCUGCCCAAUUCUCCCACUUUCCAUCAUCUCGCCCCAUUCUCCCGCUUUCCAUCACCCCGCCCCAUUCUCCGGCUUUCCAUCACCCUGCCCCAUUCUCCGGCUUUCCUUCACCCCAGCCCAUUCUCCCGCUCUCCAUCACCCCGCCCCAUUCUCCCGCUUUCCAUCACCCCGCCCCAUUCCCCCGCUUUCCAUCACCCCGCCCCAUUCUCCCGCUUUCCAUCACCCCGCCCCAGUCUCCCGCUUUCCAUCACCCUGCCCCAUUCUCCCGCUUUCCAUCACCCCGACCCAUUUUCCUGCUUUUCAUCACCCCAGCCCAUUCUCCCGCUUUGAAUCACCCCUCCCCAUUCUCCUGCUUUCCUUCACCCCGCCCCAUUCUCCCGCUUUCCAUCACCCCACCCAGUCUCCCUCCUUCCAUCACCCCGCCCCAUUCUCCCGUUUUCCAUCACCCCGCCCCAUUCUCCCGCUUUCCAUCUGCCCGCCCUAUUCUCCCGCUUUCCAUCACCCCGCCCUAUUCUCCCUCCUUCCAUCACCCCGCCUCAUUUUCCCGCUUUCCAUCACCCCGCCCCAUUCUCCCGCUUUCCAUCACCCCGCCCAAUUCUCCCGCUUUCCGUCACCCCGCCCCAUUCUCCCGCUUUCCAUCACCCCGUCCCAUUCUCCCACCUUCCAUCACCCCGCUCCAUUCUCCUGCUCUCCAUCACCCCGCCCCAUUCUCCCACUUUCCAUCACCCCGCCCCAUUCUCCUGCUUUCCAUCACCCCGCCCCAUUCUGCCGCUUUCCAUCACCCUGUACCAUUCUCCCGCUUUCCAUCACCCCGCCCCAUACUCCCGCUUUCCGUCACCCCGCCCCAUUCUCACGCUUUCCAUCACCCCGCCCAAUUAUCCCGCUUUCCAUCACCCCGCCCCAUUCUCCCGCUUUCCAUCACCCCACUCCAUUCUCCUGCUUUCCAUCACCCCGCCCCAUACUCCCACUUUCCAUCACCCCGCCCCAUUCUUCUGCUUUCCAUCACCCCGCCCCAUUCUGCCGCUUUCCAUCACCCCGCCCCAUUCUCCCACUUUUCAAUCACCCCUCCCCAUUCUCCCGCUUUCCAUCACCCUGUAACAUUCUCCCGCUUUCCAUCUCCCUGCCCCAUACUCCCGCUUUCCAUCACCCUGCCCCAUUCUCCCUCCUUCCAUCACCCCGCCCCAUUCUUCCUCCUUCCAUCACCCCGCCCCAUUCUCCCGCUUUCCAUCACCCCACUCCAUUCUCCUGCUUUCCAUCACCCCGCCCCAUUCUCCCACUUUCCAUCACCCCGCCCCAUUCUCCUGCUUUCCAUCACCCCACCCCAUUCUGCCGCUUUCCAUCACCCCGCCCCAUUCUCCCACUUUUCAAUCACCCCUCCCCAUUCUCCCGCUUUCCAUCACCCUGUACCAUUCUCCCGCUUUCCAUCUCCCUGCCCCAUACUCCCGCUUUCCAUCAUCCCGCCCCAUUCUCCCUCCUUCCAUCACCCCGCCCCGUUCUCCAUACUUCCAUCACCCCGCCCCAUUCUCCCACUUUCCAUCACCCCGCCCUAUUCUCCCGCUUUCUAUCACCCUGCCUCAUUCUCUCGCUUUCCAUGACCCCGCCCCAUUCUCCCGCUUUCCAUCACCCCGCCCCAUUCUCCCGCUCUCCAUCACCCCGCCCUAUUCUCCUUCUUUCAAUGUCCCUGCCCCAUUCUCCUGCUUUCCAUCACCCCGCCCCAUUCUCCCGCUUUCCAUCACCUCGCCUCAUUCUCCCCCUUUCCAUCACCCUGCACCAUUCUCCCGCUUUCCAUCACCUCGCCCCAUUCUCCCUCCUUCCAUUACCCCGCCCCAUUCUCCCGCUUUCCAUCACCCUGCCCCAAUCUCCCGCUUUCCAUCACCCUGCCCCAUUCUCCCGCUUUCCAUCACCCACCCCAUUCUCCCGCUUUCCAUCACCCCGCCCCAUCCUCUGCUUUCCAUCACCCCGCCCCAUUCUCUCGCUUUCCAUCACCCCACCCCAUUCUCCCUCCUUCCAUCACCCCGCCCCAUUUUCCCGCUUUCAAUCACCCUGCCCUAUUCUCCCGUUUUCCAUCACCCCGACCCAUUCUCCCACCUUCCAUCACCCCGCUCCAUUCUCCUGCUUUCCAUCACCCCGCCCCAUUCUCCCACUUUCCAUCACCCCGCCCCAUUCUCCUGCUUUCCAUCACCUCGCCCCAUUCUCCCGCUUUCCAUCACCCCGCCCUAUUCUCCCGCUUUCCAUCAUUCCACCCCAUUCUCCCGCUUUCCAUCACCCCACCCCAUUCUCCCUCCUUUCAUCACCCCGCCCCAUUCCCCCUCCUUCCAUCACCCCGCCCCAUUCUCCCUCCUUCCAUCACCCUGCCCCAUUCUCCCGAUUUCCAUCACCCCACCCCAUUCUCCCGCUUUCCAUCACCCCGCCCAAUUCUUCCCAUUCUCUCGUUUUCCAUCACCGAGCCCAAAUCUCGCGCUUUCCAUCACCCCGCCCCAUUCUCCCGCUUUCCAUCACCUCGCCCCAUUCUCCCACCUUCCAUCACCCCGCCCCAUUCUCCUGCUUUCCAUCACCCCGCCCCAUUCUCCCGCUUUCCAUCACCCUGCCCCAUUCUCCCGCUUUUGAUCAACCCGCCCCAUUCUCCCGCUUUCCAUCACCCCGCCCCAUUCUCCUGCUUUCUAUCACCCCGCCCCAUUCUCCCGCUUUCCAUCACCCCGCCCCAUUCUCCCGCUUUCCAUCACUCCGCCCCAUUCUCCCGCUUUCCAUCACCCCACCCCAUUCUCCCUCCUUCCAUCACCCUGCCCCAUUUUCCCUCCUUCCAUCACCCCGCCCCAUUCUCCCGCUUUCCAUCGCCCCGCCCCGUUCUCCCUCAUUCCAUAACCCCGCCCCAUUCUCCCUCCUUCCAUCACCCUGCCCCAUUCUCCCGCUUUCCAUCACCCCGCCCCAUUCUCCAUAUUCCAUCACCCCGCACCAUUCUCCUGCUUUUUAUCACCCCGUCCCAUUCUACCGCUUUCCAUCACCCCUCCCCAUUCUCCCACCUUCCAUCACCCUGCUCCAUUCUGCUGCUUUCCAUCACCCCGCCCCAUUCUCCCACUUUCCAUCACCCCGCCUCAUUCUCCCGCUUUCCAUCACCCCGCCCCAUUCUCCCGCUUUCCAUCACCUCGCCCCAUUCUCCCUCCUUCCAUCACCCGCCCCAUUCUCCCUCCUUCCAUCACCCUGCCCCAUUCUCCCGCUUUCCAUCACCCUGCCCCAUUCUCCCGUUUUCCAUCACCCAACCCAAUUCUCCCCAUUCUCCCGCUUUCCAUCACCCCGCUCGAAUCUCCUGCUUUCCAUCACCCUGCCCCAUUCUCACGCUGUCCAUCACCUCGCCCCCUUCUCCCUCCUUCCAUCACCCCGCCCCAUUCUCCCGCUUUCCAUCACCCCGCCCCAUUCUCCCGCUUUCCAUCACCCCGCCCCAUUCUCCCGCUUUCCAUCACCCCGCCCCGUUCUCCCACUUUCCAUCACCCCGCCCCAUUCUCCAACUUUCCAUCAUCCCGCCCCAUUCUCCCGCUUUCCAUCACCCCGCCCCAUUCUCCCGCUUUCCAUCACCCCGCCCCAUUCUCCCGCUUUCCAUCACCCCGUCCCAUUCUCCCGCUUUCCAUCACCCCAACCCACUCUCCCUCCUUCCAUCACCCCGCCCCAUUCUCCCUCCUUCCAUCACCCCGCCCCAUUCUCUUGCUUUCCAUCACCCCGCCUCGUUCUCCCGCUUUCCAUCACCCCGCCCCGUUCUCCCUCAUUCCAUCACCCCGCCCAAGUCUCCCUCCUUCCAUCACCCUCCCCCAUUCCCCCGCUUUACAUCACCUCGCCCCAUUCUCCAUAUUCCAUCACCCCGCCCCAUUCUCCUGCUUUUAAUCACCCCGUCCCAUUCUCCCGCUUUCCAUCACCCCCACCAUUCUCCCACUAUCCAAAACCCCGACCCAUUCUCCCACUUUCCAUCACCCCGCCCCAUUCUCCCUCCUUCCAUCACCCGCCCCAUUCUCCCUCCUUCCAUCACCCUGCCCCAUUCUCCCGCUUUCCAUCACCCCGCCCCAUUCUCCCGCUUUCCAUCACCCAACCCAAUUCUCCCCAUUCUCCCGCUUUCCAUCACCCCGCUCGAAUCUCCCGCUUUCCAUCACCCUGCCCCAUUCUCACGCUGUCCAUCACCUCGCCCCAUUCUCCCUCCUUCCAUCACCACGCCCCAUUCUCCCGCUUUCCAUCACCCCGCCCCAUUCUCCCGCUUUCCAUCACCCCGCCCCAUUCUCCCGCUUUCCAUCACCCCGCCCCGUUCUCCCACUUUCCAUCACCCCGCCCCAUUCUCCAACUUUCCAUCACCCCGGCCCCAUUCUCCCGCUUUCCAUCACUCCGCCCCAUUCUCCCGCUUUCCAUCACCCCGCCCCAUUCUCCCGCUUUCCAUCACCCCGUCCCAUUCUCCCGCUUUUCAUCACCCCACCCCAUUCUCCCUCCUUCCAUCACCCCGCCCCAUUCUCCCUCCUUCCAUCACCCCGCCCCAUUCUCUUGCUUUCCAUCACCCCGCCCCAUUCUCCCGCCUUCCAUCACCCCGCCCCGUUCUCCCUCAUUCCAUCACCCUGCCCCAGUCUCCCCCCCUCCACCACCCUCCCCCAUUCCCCCGCUUUCCAUCACCUCGCCCCAUUCUCCAUAUUCCAUCACCCCGCCCAAUUCUCCCGCUUUCCAUCACCCCUCCUUAUUCUCCCGCUUUCCAUCACCCCGCCCCAUUCUCCCGCCUUCCGUCACCCCGCCCCAUUCUCCUGCUUUCCAUCACCCCGGCCCAUUCUCCCUCCUUCCAUCAUCCGGCCCCAUUCUCCCUCCUUCCAUCACCCCGCUCCAUAAUCCCUCCUUCCAUCACCCCGCUCCAUUCUCCUGCUUUCCAUCACCCCGCCCCAUUCUCCCACUUUCCAUCACCCCGCCCCAUUCUCCCGCUUUCCAUCACCCCGCCCCAUUCUCCCGCUUUCCAUCACCCCGCCCCAUUCUCCCUCCUCCAUCACCCUGCCCCAUUCUCCCUCCUUCCAUCACCCUGCCCCACUCUCCCGCUUUCCAUCACCCCGCCCCAUUCUCCCGCCUUCCAUCACCCAACCCGAUUCUCCCCAUUCUCCCGCUUUCCAUCACCCCGCUAGAAUGUCCCGCUUUCCAUCACCCUGCCCCAUUCUCACGUUGUCCAUCACCCCGCCCCAUUCUCCCUCCUUCCAUCACCCCGCCCCAUUCUCCCGCUUUCCAUCACCCCGCCCCAUUCUCCCGCUUUCCAUCACCCCGCCCCAUUCUCCCGCUUGCCAUCACCCCGCCCCGUUCUCCCACUUUCCAUCACCCCGCCCCAUUCUCCAUCUUUCCAUCACCCCGCCCCAUUCUCCCGAUUUCCAUCACCCCGUCCCAUUCUCCCGCUUUCCAUCACCCCACCCCAUUCUCCCUCCUUCCAUCACCCCGCCCCAUUCUCCCUCCUUCCAUCACCCCGCCCCAUUCUCUUGCUUUCCAUCACCCCGCCUCGUUUUCCCGCUUUCCAUCACCCCGCCCCGUUCUCCCUCAUUCCAUCACCCCGCCCAAGUCUCCCUCCUUCCAUCACCCUCCCCCAUUCCCCCGCUUUACAUCACCUCGCCCCAUUCUCCAUAUUCCAUCACCCCGCCCCAUUCUCCUGCUUUUAAUCACCCCGUCCCAUUCUCCCUCUUUACAUCACCCCGUCCCAUUCUCCCGCUUUCCAUCACCCCGCCCCAUUCUCCCACCUUCCAUCACGCCGCCCCAUUCUCCUGCUUUCCAUCACCUCGCCCAAUUCUCCCGCUUUCCAUCACGCCUCCUUAUUCUUUCGCUUUCCAUCACCCCGCCCCAUUCUCCCGCCUUCCGUCUCCCCGCCCCAUUCUCCUGCUUUCCAUCACCCCGGCCCAUUCUUCCUCCUUCCAUCAUCCGGCCCCAUUCUCCCUCCUUCCAUCACCCCGCCCCAUACUCCCUCCUUCCAUCACCCUGCCCCAUUCUCCCGCUUUCCAUCACCCUGCCCCAUUGUCCUGCUUUCCAUCACCCUGUGCCAUUCUCCCACUUUCCAUCACUUAGCACCAUUCUCCCACUAUCCAAAACCCCGACCCAUUCUCCCGCUUUCCAUCACCCCGCCCCAUUCUCCCGCUUUCCAUCACCCAACCCAAUUCUCCCCAUUCUCCCGCUUUCCAUCACCCCGCUCGAAUCUCCCGCUUUCCAUCACCCUGCCCCAUUCUCACGCUGUCCAUCACCUCGCCCCAUUCUCCCUCCUUCCAUCACCCCGCCCCAUUCUCCCGCUUUCCAUCACCCCGCCUCAUUCUCCCGCUUUCCAUCACCCGCCCCAUUCUCCCGCUUUCCAUCACCCCGCCCCGUUCUCCCACUUUCCAUCACCCCGCCCCAUUCUCCAACUUUCCAUCACCCCGCCCCAUUCUCCCGCUUUCCAUCACUCCGCCCCAUUCUCCCGCUUUCCAUCACCCCGCCCCAUUCUCCCACUUUCCAUCACCCCUCUCCCCCCCUCCAUCACCCUCCCCCAUUCCCCCGCUUUCUAUCACCUCGCCCCAUUCUCCAUAUUCCAUCACCCCGCCCCAUUCUCCUGCUUUUUAUCACCCCGUCCCAUUCUCCUGCUUUCCAUCACCCCGUCCCAUUCUCCCGCUUUCCAUCACCCCGCCCCAUUCUCCCACCUUCCAUCACGCUUCCCCAUUCUCCGGCUUUCCAUCACCUCGCCCAAUUCUCCCGCUUUCCAUCACCCCUCCUUAUUCUCCCGCUUUCCAUCACCCCGCCCCAUUCUCCCGCCUUCCGUCACCCCGCCCCAUUCUCCUGA